AGUGAGUAAUCAUGAAAAAGUACAAGAUAUAUAAACGUACAAGGUCUGAUAUUAUGCAAAUAUCCAAACUUGAAAGAUUGAAGAUCAUGCAAAAGUCCUAAUUUAGUAUGUCAAACAUUGAAAAAGGAUCUAAACUUGGAAGGUCAGACACCGUAUAAAUGUUCGGACUCAGUGUGUCAAACCCAGAGAGAUAAAUGUGUAUUUCUCGUGGUUUUAAAAAUCGGACCGGAUCGGCCGGUCCGACCGGCCAUUGGUCAUUAUUCUGGUCUGGUCCGGCGAAUUGGACCGGGAAGUGAUAGCCGGCGGUCAGGCCAGCGACUGGGUGGUUCGAUUGGCGAGCCAGACGAACCGUCGGUUCAAUUUUUUUUUUCUUUCCUCUUAGCAUCUGCGCGGCCUAUUCCCGUUAUCUUCGGCCACUAGAGCGUCGUCCCGGUGGCAGCCCUCUCCCCAAAACGCUCCAAAGCCCCGUCGCCGGCCACUCUGUCGUCCCGCCAGUAGCAGCACCCCCCAAAAGUAAAAAAUUUAAAACAGAGAGAAACCUUUGGUGGAAGUGUGGGAGUGUGGUUCUUCGACUUUGCCAUUUCCCUACAGCAUUGAAAGUGGAGGAAUUCAGUGAGAUGGGAGCAAAAAAGCUGUACCGAGGUGGAAGAAGAACGAAGUUGUCAUAGCUAUCAGGGUUAGGGUUAGGGUUUUGACUCAAAACACAGUGCCCUCUUGCUUUCCUUCAUUUUUGUUUUUUAAAAUUUAAUUUUUAUGUUUUAUAUUUAAUUUCUUCUAUUUUUUUUAAAUUUAAUUUUUAUAUUUCAUAUUUAAUAUCUUAAUAUUUAAUUUCUUAUUUUUUGUUGAUUAUAAUUAUAAUGAUAGGUUUAAUAUUUAAAAUUUUCAUUUUUGUUUAAUUUAUUGCACACUAAAAUUUUAAUUUAUUAAAAUUAUUGAAAAUAUUGGGUUAAUUGAUAUUUACAAAUAAAAAAUUUUGUGAAAAAAACCCUAUAGAUAAUUUAGAUAUAAUUUAUUAUUUUUAUUUAUUAAUUUUUAAAAUUUUAAUAAUAGAUAAAAAUAUAUAUUUAUGACAUUAUCGAUUCGAUCGUUGAAAACAUUGGUAUUUCUCUUAAAGGGUAAGUUAGUUAUUUCGUCAUGAGACAUUAAUUUUAGCAAAAUUCAUUAUUCAAAUGAAUGGAGAGAAAUUGGGUGAUGGAUGUGAAUGUAAAUGAGUGUUCUUUUUUAAGAAAAAAGAAAAAGAAGACUAGAAAAAAAGUAAAAAAACAACAAAAGAACUACCAAAACAACUACUUGUUGAUUAUUUGAGGAAUUAUCUAAAUUUAAUAUUAUUUUUAUAAAGAAGCAAACAAGUACUUGGUUGGUUAUUUGAGAAAUUAUCUAAAUUUAAUAUUAUUUCUCCACUCAACCCGAUGGGUGCCGCUGUGGGUUAAAAGAACCCCCUUUGUAAGAAAAAGAGAGAAACGUCUUGAAGCCUGAGUAACCCCAGAGAAACGGAGAUGAAGGGCCUGGGAAGAUUGAUUGGGCGACGCCUUCUCUGCAAACGAUUGGAGCCUUGGAGAAAGCCUCUCAUGCCUCGUCGCCUCAUUUUCUCCUCUUUCACAACGACCUCCUAUUUGGAAAACCCCACCUCUUCUUCCCGUUUCACUUCCUUCAAAUCUUCAUCGCUUCCUAAAUGGAGCCAUUUCGGAGGGCAGAGGAGGACUAUGUUCAUCCAAACUCAAUCCACACCUAAUCCCGCAUCUCUCAUGUUCUAUCCUGGAAAGCCAGUUAUGGAGGUAGGGAGUGCAGACUUUCCGAAUUCUCGUUCAGCUAUGAGUUCUCCACUAGCAAAAAGUCUUUAUGGAAUUGAUGGAAUUACUCGAGUUUUCUUCGGAUCAGAUUUUAUAACUGUAACAAAGUCAGAUGAUGCUUCUUGGGAUUUUAUAAAACCUGAAAUUUUUGCUGCAAUCAUGGACUUCUAUUCAUCUGGGAAGCCACUGUUCCUUGACUCCAAUACUGCAGCAGCAAUGGACACAGCUAUUCAUGAAGAUGAUUCUGAAACUGUAGCAAUGAUCAAAGAACUGUUGGAGACUCGUAUUCGACCAGCAGUUCAAGAUGAUGGUGGGGACAUCGAGUAUCGGGGAUUUGAUCCGGAGACAGGAAUAGUUAAACUAAAAAUGCAAGGAGCAUGUAGUGGCUGCCCUAGCUCAUCUGUUACACUGAAAUCUGGCAUUGAAAAUAUGCUGAUGCACUAUGUACCUGAGGUCAAAGGUGUAGAGCAAGAAUUAGAUGCUGAAGAUGAAGAUGUUGCACUAUCUGGCCAGAUGGAUUAAUUGAAUUCACUACUCAAUAAUUUGGAAACAUAAUCUGAUAAAUCAUGGGCUCAGGGAGAAUGCAUUCACGGUUCCUGUAUAGAAGCAAAUAAAGUGAGUGGCCUUAGUUUCAUCUAGUGCUGGAAUUUUGUGUCAUCAGCCUAUCAUAUGUGCUAUAGUAAGAUUGUGGAGCUGUAUAAUCACCUCUUUCCUCACAAGAAAGGUAGUUUGUGCACUCUGCUGUAUCUUUAUCUUUGUCACUUUCUGCUACUCGCCAACAAAAAGAAAUUAUAUAUAUAUACACAUAAAGAUAAAAUUUUGGAUUUUCAGCA